GAACGAAGCGAGGGCCGAGGAGAAUCCGACGGGCAAAGAGUUUGUAGUGGGACUGGGAUAUCGGAAGGGAAAGUGAAGAGAUGUCGACGAUAUACGUAUUGGAGCCACCGACGAAGGGGAAGGUUGUGUUGGACACGACGCACGGGCCGCUGGACAUAGAGCUGUGGCCAAAAGAGGCCCCCAAGGCCGUUCGUAACUUCGUGCAGCUCUGCCUCGAGGGCUACUACGACAACACCAUCUUCCACCGCAUCAUCAAGAGCUUUCUCAUUCAGGGUGGCGAUCCCACCGGUUCCGGCACCGGUGGUGAAUCUAUUUAUGGGGGUGCAUUCAGUGACGAAUUUCAUUCGCGUUUAAGAUUCAAGCAUAGGGGCUUAGUUGCUUGUGCAAAUGCUGGCUCACCGAAUUCAAAUGGGAGUCAGUUCUUUAUAUCCUUGGACCGCUGUGAGUGGCUUGACCGGAAGAAUACAAUUUUCGGGAAGGUGACUGGGGAUUCAAUAUAUAAUCUUACAAGGUUGGGUGAAAUUGAAACUGAUAAGAGUGACCGGCCAUUGGAUCCACCCAAGAUUAUCUCAGUUGAGGUUUUAUGGAACCCUUUUGAUGAUAUUGUUCCAAGAGCACCUCCAAAGCAAUCAAUCAAAUCCAUAGCUGAUACUGACAAGAAAGAUGCAAAGAAAAAGGCUGUGAAAAAGCUGAACUUGCUUUCAUUUGGAGAAGAAGCUGAAGAAGACGAGAAAGAAUUGGCAGCUGUAAAGCAAAAGAUAAAAAGCAGUCAUGAUGUAUUGGAUGAUCCUCGCCUUUUAAAGAAAGAUACUCCGAAUGAUGAAUUGAACUCAUCCGAUGCCCAAAAAAUAAGGGAUAUGCAGUUAUCUGUUAGAGAAGCUCUAAGCUCAAAGAAAGAAGAGUCGCAAAAUGAGUCAAAAUCUGAGUUUUAUAAUUCCCUUGAUUAUAGUGAUGAUGAUGAGGCCAACUUUGAUGAACGAAUGCGUCGGCAAAUACUCAGAAGACGAUUGGAGUUGGGAGAUGCCCCAUCCAAGCCAAAAUUGAAUGAUGGGAAUUCCGGUAAAGACAAAGAAAUAUCUACAUUAAGGCCUUCUGCUGAAAGCAUUGAUGACGAUCAACCUAGGGCAGAAAAGCUGUCUUUGAAGAAAAGGGGUAUCGGAUCAGAAGCCAGAGCAGAACGAAUGGCUAGUGCAGACUCAGACUUACAGCUCUUGGGUGAUGCUGAACGAGGAAGGCAAUUGCAAAAACAGAAAAAGCGCAGACUCCAAGGACGUGAAGAUGAAGUUCUGGCAAAACUUGAAAAGUUUAAAGCAGGUGUUUUUGUAAAAACUGUGGACCCAAGUAGUGAAUCUGGAGGUGUCAAUGAUGAAUUGUCUGACUGGACAACAGCUCGGUUAAAGUUUGCUUCCGAGCCUGGCAAGGACCGCAUGUCUCGCAAUGAUGACCCGAAUGACUAUGUUUUGCAUGACCCUCUUUUGGAGAAGGGAAAGGAAAAGUUCAACCGGAUGAUUGCCAAGCAAAAGCAACGAGGACGGGAAUGGGCUGGCAGAUCUCUUACUUGAUCUUAUCGUUUACAACCAUGCCAGCUUGUGAACACAAGACUAAAUGGAACUGAAAAGUUGGGUCUUGUGCUGGUUUGACUUUACUAUAUAGUUUUGCUGCUACAACAUUACAGAUCAUUGAAUCAUGUGGGGAAAAGGUCCCCAUAAAUCAUGGAAGCUUGAAGUGCACCGAUGCCUGGCAACGUUUAUGCAGUUACUUUGUAUCUGGGACUCAGUGUGAACAGCCAGAGCUGCAUCUUGUGCUACAUUUGUCAUUUUCUCUGGGGUUGCUCACCUUAUUCUUAGUCGUUGGAGUGUGCAUUGUUAUCUGGAAGGUCUUCAUGGGUCAGCAGUCUUGUUAGUAUCAACUUCUAGAAUCUCGGUAAAACUUUAUACCUUAAAAUUUGUAUUUUUUUUCCAUUUUGUUUUAGAUAAUGAAAUUAGGGCAUGAUUUAGGAAGACCUGGACCAAGUAAGUAGAUUCUGUUCAGGCAGCAGGAAAUUGAAUGUACUUGGAUUUUGGCCAACCCCACUAGAUUCCGAAAUUCCAAAUGUUUGGUGUAGGAAUCGAUGUUAGAGCAGAACUCAAUAAGCAUAUCUGUGUUCAUAUUUGACAAGAAGAAUCAAUGGUCUUACUGGUUUAGGCCCUUAGAAUCAAAUCCUUUUUAAGAGUUUUUCUGUCCAA